AUGCCAUUGCCUGCAGAGAAUGCCAGAGGACUUGGAUCUCAGCUUAAAGACAGUAUCCCCGUGCCUGAGCUUUCAGCAAGUGGGCCUUUUGAAAGUCAUGAUCUGCUUCGGAAAGGGUUUUCUUGUGUGAAAAAUGAACUUUUGCCUAGUCAUCCUCUUGAAUUAUCAGAAAAAAACUUCCAGCUCAACCAAGAUAAGAUGAAUCUCUCCACCCUGCGAAACAUCCAGGGCCUGUUUGCGCCACUAAAACUGCAGAUGGAGUUCAAGGCCGUGCAGCAGGUUCAGCGUCUUCCAUUUCUCCCGAGCUCAAACCUUUCACUGGAUAUUUUGAGGGGUAAUGAUGAGACUGUUGGAUUUGAAGACAUUCUUAAUGGUAAGUAG